AGUGAGUCGGAUCUAUGAAGUAGGGGAUUUUUGGCCUGCCUCCUUCCAAAGGGGCUUGCUGGCUCCUCCCCAACUGGAUCACUCAUACAGUCAGCCACAUCUGUUGCUUCUCUGACUCCACAGCAUCCCCUGCUUCCUCCUGAUUUUUCUGCUCCCCUUCACCUCAACACUUAAACAGCCGAUGACACCCUGAAUGUAAGCCCCAAGAGGCAGAGGCUCACCUUCCUUAUUCACUGAUGCUAGCAACAGUGCCUGGUGCAAAACAGUACACAGAAAGGGAAUGGAUAAAUGAACAAGUGAAAUCUCUUGAGUUCCAGGUUGACUUCUGCAGACCUGCCUCUUUCUCUUCACCUCCACAUCCUGCUCUGGGCUGGGCAGGUCUUGUCAUGCCAGAGUCCCAAGCUCCACCCCAACACUGGCCCUGCCCACUGUGGGGCCUGGCCCACUUACCGGAUGGGGAAGCCAGCAGCACUGAUGUGAAUGGUCUCCACAAGGCCACAGGCCUCCAGCUGACUGAGGACCUGCAUUGGUGAGGAGACAGGGUGGGCACCUGUGGUGUGGGACCAGCAGACCAGAAAUACCACUCCUUCUGCCCUCUGAGGCUCUGGUCUGUGUGAACCUGCAGGCUGUCCUCAUGCUUGACUGAUGAGGGUAUACUCUCCUGCUUCUGAUACCGUGGAGGAAGAAGGAAAAAAAUGUCUCAGAAGCAGAUGAAGGAAGCUUUUGUCAGUAACCAUAAUGGAACCAGCGUGCUGGAAGUCACCCAGGGCUUGUGUUUGCCUGCACUCUGUAUCGUGUGCAGAGGGCUCCUGAUCAUUCUCUCACAGCACUUGUGUUCUUCACAUACCUGGAGAACUAGAUUCUUCAUUGACUUUGUUUUCCUAAUAAUUCCCCUGGUGGCCACUUUGACCAUUUUGUCUUCAUUUGUCCUCCUUGAGCACCUUGCUGUAAUUAUCUGUGGGGCAGGGCUGUUCUAUCAAAUAUACUGCAGGAGAACUUGUGCCAGAAUGCCUGUCCAGAAAAUGCUUGAAAAAUUCUUGAAAAUCAGUCUAGAAUCUGAAUACAUUCCAGCCAUCUCUUGUUUCCGUGUAAUUAACAGUGCAUUUACUGCUAUUGCCAUUUUGGCUGUGGACUUUCCACUUUUUCCCAGAAGAUUUGCCAAAACUGAGCUCUAUGGGACAGGAGCGAUGGAUUUUGGAGUAGGAGGUUUUAUUUUUGGGACUGCAAUGGUUUGUCCAGAAGUUAGGAAAAAAUACACAGAAGAGUCCAGAUUUUAUUAUCUUACAAAGUCAUUGUACUCUGUUUGGCCAUUAGUCUUCCUAGGAAUAGGACGAUUAGUCAUUAUAAAAGCCAUAGGCUAUCAGGAACAUUUGACUGAGUAUGGAGUUCAUUGGAACUUUUUCUUUACCUUAAUAGUUGUGAAACUGAUAACAUCAUUGCUUUUGAUUAUUUUUCCUCUCAAUAAAUCCUGGAUUGUGGCAAUCAGCAUUAUUGUGUUAUACCAGCUGGCCCUUGACUUUACCCCACUGAAAAGGUUAAUUUUGUAUGGCACUGAUGGUAGUGGCACAAGGGUUGGUUUAUUAAAUGCCAACCGAGAAGGAAUAAUUUCUACCUUGGGGUAUGUGGCAAUUCAUAUGGCUGGCGUGCAAACAGGGUCAUAUAUGCUUAAAAAAAGAUCACAUGUCAAAGACUGGAUAAAAGGAGCCCACUGUAUUUUGCUGACAGCUAUUAGUCUCUUCAUAUCUCUCUACAUAGUUCAGGUAAAUGUAGAAGUAGUAUCUCGGAGAAUGGCCAAUUUAGCCUUUUGUAUUUGGAUAGUUGCUUCUAGCCUGAUCCUUCUUAGUAGUUUAUUACUGGGUGAUAUAAUUUUGAGUUUUGCCAAAUUUCUAAUUAAAGAGGCUGUGGUACCAUGUUCUUGGAAACUGAUCCAUUCAUCUGUCACAAAUAAAAAACAUUUAGAGUCUCUGGUCUCUGAAGCUGAAAGAAAGGAACCCAGUCUUUGUUUAAUCACAGCUAUGAACAGAAACCAGUUAAUUUUUUUCUUGCUGUCAAAUAUAACUACUGGUCUGAUCAACCUGUUGAUAGAUACAUUACACAGCAGUACUUUGUGGGCCUUAUUUGUGCUCAAUCUCUAUAUGUUUACCAACUGUUUAAUUAUAUAUGUGCUACACUUGCAAGAUAAGACAAUAAAAUUUUGGUGAUCAGUAUGGGUAGGAAGUACUUGUGUUAGAGCAAUAUUUUAAUGAGGAAGAAUAUUAAAUGUGAAGAAAAUGGGCUUUUGGCAACCCAGUGUUAACCAUAUUUUUUUCAACCUUCUAUAAAUGAUGCUUAAUGUUUUAAUGUGUCUCAACACUAUAUAAAACAAACCAAUAGAGAAACAAGUCUUGUGACUCGUUAGAAUAUUUAUUAAAUUUCAGUAUUUUAAAGAAACUGCAGUUGUGACACUGAAAGAUUGGAGGGUGAGGGGGAUUUUUACUUUCUAUCUUAUUACAUACCAUUCUGUAUUUUUUUGUAUGACUUAUAACAUUUACAUGAAAACAUCUCAAUGUGAAUUUAUUGUAUGACUUUUAUAAUAAAAUUUACGUGAAAACA